CCCCAAUAAGAAGGCAAAACAGUGUCGCAUUCUUCUGCCAUGAUGAAACCUCAUUGGACUGUGAAAUACAGGAAAUUACAUAGGGAAUACUUGUGAUUUUAUUUAUUCCAUGGCGAGAUUGGGAAAAAAGGAGGUAGUGCUUAUUGAUCUACUUAUUUAGAGGAGUACUUUGUAAUUAGUCUUCAUUGUUUUGCGGUUAACAAGUUCCAAUGCUGGAAGUAGAAAUAUUAACCAUUUUGUCAGAAGUUGAGAAAUAUAUUUUCUAUCAGUGCUACGUUUGUUUUGUUAGCAAUAACAGUGAUGAUCAUAUGGUGAUGAUAUGAUGAGUGCCUAACAAAAGUUAAAAUAACUUCAGUUUUCAGCUGUUUUUAUACAGCUCUUAGACAAGUCUGUGGAUAAUCAUACUGGAUUUAUCACAUGGAUUAGUACACAAAAAUCUUGUGUUUACUACAGGAAUUGUUAUAUUGGAAUGUGGUCGCUGGAGAACAUUAUCUAUAUCUGACGAGACAUCGCCUUAGCACCAUCUAUUGCAUUUGAUGUCGGCCAUAUACCAGAGCACUUUAAGUCUACCACCGUUAUUGAUUUCUUGAAAAUAGAAGGGAUCCCGCUCCCAUUUAAAAUCCAUCUCUCCGAUGAUUUCAGCAAUCAAUUUCAUAUCACGCUGUAGUCUGAGAAAAUACAAGGAUAUCAAUUAUUCUCUUUUUGCAUUUGAUAUCUUCUCUAACUCUUGGUAUUCCUUACUAUCUCUCUGUGUAUCUGUUCUUUCACAUUUCAAUCUUGUGUAUUAUUUCUCUUUUCAUCUAUUUCCUUUGAAAUAGUCCAUGUAGUCAUUUGUGCUAGCCCUCUUUUCCCCCAUCUCUCUAUCUUUCUCUGUCUCCUCUUCUUUCCAUCUCCCCUGGAGAAGCUGAUAUUUUUCCGAUUUGAGGAUGAGAUCUGAAGCUACCUCAUCAGAUUUUAAAAAAUUUGAUUAAAUUGCUAACAUGGCUAAAGAAGUGAAACAUCUUGCAUGGAAACUCAACUGCUACAAGGUUAUGACAACAUGUCUACCUCAGUCCCCAACGAUUUCGCCUGAAGGCAAAUACAUAUUUGGAUCAUCCCCGUCAGAGAAUCGGCGCAAAAAGCCCUCCUCCUCGCCCUCAACGCCGACCACUCCCACUCCGCCAUCCACUCCUCGGCUACCGCACACCCCGGCAACAGCACGGAAGAUGCAACAACUGGAUGAAUCUCCCAAGCUCCAACCUGUUCAAUCAAUCAUGCAACAAUCAACGGUCCAGAUACAACAUGCCCCACCACCACCACAACAACAACAACCACAGCAACGCAUACAACAACAACAACAUCAACCGCAACAACUAAUACAACAUCAGAUGCAACCUCAAACCAUACAGACAAAGUCAAUAUCUAUCAAGAGUGGAGAUGGACUCGUUAGAUAUUCAUUUGAUCUUGAAGUGGAUUAUAUAACAGAGAGAUUAAUUGCCGUGUCUUUCCCUUCUGGUGGUCUUGAGAACCAGUACCGAAGCAACUUACGAGAUGUAGUCCGGAUGCUAAAGAGCAAACACAACAACUGCUACGUGGUCUUUAACCUAUCAAGGAGGAGACAUGAUGUAUCCAAACUAAACCAAGAGGUGCGUGAUUUGGGCUGGCCCAACGUCCUCGCCCCUCCCUUAGAAAGGCUUUGCAGCAUAUGCAAACAGAUUGAGACUUGGAUGAAGGGUAACCUCAACAAUGUUGUGGUGCUACAUUGUAAGGGUGGUAGGGGACCCAUAGGCGUAGUGGUAUCAGCCUUUAUGAACUAUCUGAGCAUCACUUCAGGAAAUGAUUCGACGAUGGAUCGUCAUGCCAUGAAGCGUUUCUUGGAUGCCAAAGGUUGGGGCAGCAUGCACCCAUCUCAGAUGCGGUAUAUUGAUUACUUCUCUGGGCUUUUAACCAACUCCAUCCAGAUCAACAGCUCACCCCUCUUUCUUCAUCAUGCUGUCAUCCAUGGGGUGCCUAACUAUGAUUCUAAUGGAGGUUGUCGUCCUUUCUUGAGGGUUUAUCAAGGCAUGAGUCCUGUGUACACAUCUGGUGUCUACACUGUGCCUGAAGGAACUAGUCGGUUUGUGAUCACACCCGGUAGAGCAAUUCCUCUUAGAGGUGAUAUCCUGCUAAAGUGUUACCAUAAGAAAUUCAGGUCGACAACUCGAGACACAAUCUUCAGAUGUCAGUUUCAUACGACAGCAGUGAUGGAGUAUAGAUUAGUCUUCCAAAAACAGGAACUGGAUGAUGCCUGUACAGAUGCUAGAUUCCCUGAGUUCACCAAGGUGGAACUGAUCUUCUCUUCCACUCCCGAUGCCCUCCAUGGGAGUGACUAUGUCUCAGGAGCUAGCUUCCCGUCUGAACACAUUGAUGAUCCAUUGAUCAGAUGGGAUUCGUAUGAACAUUUCAAUGACAUCAUCGAAGGACCUGAAGGUAGAAGCCCAUUAUGGAGGUCCUGA